AUGUUAGACGAUAGGUACUCGACCGGACCCAAACACCCUUCUCCCACCUCGAUCGAGUUUAUCAUACAUAAACGGACUGAACCUGAACAUUUUCCUCCCACGCCGAUCGAGUAUACCGAAAGGAAGCAUACCGAAAGCCGACCGGAUGAGCAUCAUAAGAUUACCACCAAUAUCAGCGACUACGGCGUAUGUACAAUCAACGAAAAGGCCCAGCGCACCCUCCCGCCAUGGAUGUCGCCAGAAUCAUGUUUUGCUAUCAGAACAUAUGACUAUCGAGGACGACGUGGGAAAUACCAAUGUCCAUGCUGUGGUCUUAUUCGGCUUCCUAACAUUUUUCUCGUAUACAACCACAUAGCACAGCACGUUUCCCGUUACGUUUGCUUAGUUUGCUUCUCUGGUGUUACCGCAAAAUCCCAUAUUAUUUUACAUUAUCGUCAACAUGAGUACCGCGGUGAGGCCCCAAUAACCCUGAUGCGGGGAGUCCACUAUACGGACAUGACACCAGAGGAAAUGCUGCAGGCCAGUCAGCUACUCGAAAAAGCAGGAGAGAGCGGACCAGAAUCACCAUUCGUAAGUGUAAAGCGGAAGGGCCAACCCCAAUCUUGGGAGGUGGGACCCACGGGGCCAAAGAAAAUGGCCUGGUAUGGCCUCCCGGAGCGUCGAACUCGGAAGGAUAUAACAAAGAUUAUAGGAGGACGUCCAUUGCGCCCCGUUCAACAAAGAUCAUCUCGGUAA